GCCCUGCCGUGGGGGUUUGUGGCAGACGCGGCCGUGGGGAGCCCGGGAUCGUAGGGUAAGGUUCCUUACCUUUGAAGAUGCCUCUCUUUGGGAAUAUUGUUGUUAUCAAACGGAAUGGGACUGAUGGAAUUACUUUUCCCCUCACUGCCAGUUCUUGUUUAUUCGGAAGGAGAACAGAAUGUGACAUUCGUAUCCAGUUGCCUCAGGUCUCCAAAGAACACUGUAAAAUUGAAGUCAAUGAAAACAAGGAGGCAAUAUUGACUAACUUAAGCUCAGUAAAUCCCACAAAGCUGAAUGGUGGCUGUUUUCAGCAGCCUGUGCCUCUGAAGCAUGGGGAUGUGCUGACCAUUAUUGAUCGUUCCUUCAGAUUUGAGUAUCCUCUCCAGUCAACACCAAGGAAGAGACGUUCUAGGUCUCCAAAAGAUGAAACAUUGCAGGUUCUUCAUGUUCAGCAGGUGACAGAAGUGGAGUUAUUACACAAACAAACUUCAGGAUCUGCUUCAGAUAAUGCCGAGUGUGAAGAAAAAAAUGCCACUGAAAGUAAACAAAAUACAGAGGAAAAUAUUUCUAAAGCUUUACCUGUCAAACUACAAACACCCAAAUCUUCACACAGAAGCCUUCAGUCUAGUAAAAUAAAAUAUGAAAUGUCUCCUUUUAGUCAACUCUAUGAAAAUCUGAAGCAAGAGAUCAAAGUGAAAAAACCUUCACACCAGGGAAAUGUAUCUCAACAAGCUACAAAAGAGAAUGGUAACAGUGUUCUAGAACCAAGUGCUGUAACACCUUGUAGUAUUUGUGACCUGAGAAGUCUGGCUGAAGAAAAAGAGAGAGGCCAAGCUGAAAAUGUUGAAGAAUGCAAAAUAACAAUGAGGCAGGAUGUGAUAAUCACAGAGCUGAACCAGAUCUUAGCUGUGGGAAGUGCUACCAAGAAGAGAUUUACCAGAACUCCUCGAACCUCACUAUCAAGAGGUAUUGGUCAGGGAAGUCAGGAACUAAGCACAGCAGGUGAAUCUAAAGGUACUGAAGUGACAGCCACCCCCCUGAAGCAUAUUGUGGGAAAUGCAGGAUUUCCACUGACACUUUGUCCUAUAGUUGUCAUGGAUUAUCUAGACCAAAGCAACACAGGCUGCUCUGAAGCUGCAGCAGGUCAAGCAGCACGAGCAACUGAGACAAGGAAUGCUUCUAAAGGUGAUAAAUCAGUUGUGUCCACACCAACACCCAGGAGGAGGGGUCCUCAGUCUCCUUUUGUAUCACCUAAGAGAACACCUCAUGGAAUGGCUCCUGGAAACACUGAGACUCCAAAAACUGGAAGACGUGUGUCCUUCAAAUGUUGUUCUUUUUCACAAGCCUUAGCUGAAAGUCAAGAUGCAGCAUGCAGAAAGGAUGGCCUUGAACAACUGCCUUUGGCAGAAACUAAAUCCUUAAAACAAAGAAGAAGUAGUAAACAACCCACACCAGGAACACAGGUAAAAGGAGAUGUGCUGAAGGAAAUUUGUGAUCAGGCAAACUUUAACUCAGAAGAGGGACAAGCUCUGACUCCUGCCUCUAAAUCCAAGAGUCCCAGAAGAAAUAGCAGACAAAAUAAAGAGCUAUCAAACAAAAGUGUCCUUUCAGAGACACUGGAGUUAACAUCUCCUGCUAGUCAGACAUCUGGCUCUGGAAGAAAGAGAGGUAGUCCAAGGAGCUCUGGAUUGCUCACUGAAAAGGCACUGGGGACAGAUGUUAUUCCUGAACAGGAUGACACAGGUUUGGAGAGCAAAGACACUGGAACUAAGGAAGAGGUGGCCACAAAGGAGUCCCAGAACCAGGAGCUGGAAGAUACCGGUGCUACAAGACCUCGUAGGUUGUCAUCAAAGAGAAGAUCUGGAAGCAGCACUGAACUGAAGGACAAGGGGGCUGGCUCAGAAAUGAAUAUUGCUGGCCUGUUGGCUGGAGAAGAAUCAGGCAAGAAAAAAAGGAUCUGUCAGAAGAGGAAAAGUGCUGAUGUGUUGCUUCAGCCUUUAGGAAAAAGAAAGAGAGUAUCUUUUGGUGGUCAACUGAGCCCAGAACUGUUUGAUAAAAGUUUGCCUCCCAACUCACCUCUUAAAAGAGGAGCAAUUCCUGCCAGGCUGAGCUUAUCAAUUGGAAACUCACCACGUGCUGUCCUGAAAAAGGCUCAGGGACUGAAGCACUUUGCAGUCCAGGAACUUUGUGAACAUUUGCAGAAAGAAACAAUGUCACCCCAAAAUGCACCAACCCAGAAGUCCCCAGCUGCCUCAUCCCCUGUCUCUGGGAAGGCAACACCUACAUUUGAUUUAUUCUCUCCAGAACCUCCUGUAAGAGGCCGUUUCUCUGUCUCUCACAUCCCAACACCAUCACCCAUUGCAGAAGAGAAGGAUGCUGUUGGAGAAGACAUGAAUACAGGGAAUAAAAAUGGUGCCCAAGUGAGGACACUUGAAUCUUCUCAUGUUAACCCAGAUGAUAAAACCCACCCAGUGGCUACACCUGAGAAAUUAUCCAGAAGUGCACAGUUUGCCUUGAAGGUCACUCCCAAGAAGAGGAGAAGUGGGGCAGUGGCAGUUAUCCAUGCAAAAAGGAGGAGUGGUGCCUCUAGUGCCAAUUUACUAGUGGCAAAAUCUUGGGCAGAAGUGGUAAAAUCAGGUGUUGCAAGACCACAGUCCAAGGCUGCUAAAAGAAAGGUCCAAAAAGGAAGAUCCCUAAAGAAGAGAACGCAGGCACCAAAGACUCCAGAAAGAAAAAUAAAAGGUCAUUUUAGUACAGGUCAUGCAGAAUCACCUGAUACAAUAAUUGUAGGGAGAGCUUAUUCCACCACAGUCAGGACAGCUGGACGGGUGCCUAGGGUGGUAAAAAAUCCUGUUUUGAACCUAAACAUGAACAUGGAUGAAAGCUUCACAGGAAUGACUGAAAUGUUUCAAACUCCAGAAAAUAAGAGUGGAAAUACAUCACCUGUAGCCACUGUUCAGAAGACUGAUUUUACACCAACCUGUACUGCAGUGGAAAUUUCUGAACUGCAGACUCCUGAAGAAUGUGGAGAGAUGAUGGUGUCACCAUUAAAUAGUUCAGCUGAUUCUGAACAGAAACAGGACAGUCCAGGCAUUAAUCACUUACUGAGAGAGGAGGAGUCUCUGGAGCCUAUGCUUGAGGCAAUAGCCACAAAAACUCCUGUGAGAAGACAAACUAUGCUGGAAGAAAAUAGUAGUGUGGAGUGUUCAUCAGCAAUUCCAGAAAAACAAUCAGCAUCUCAAGUGAAAUCAGGAAGUAAAAGAAGGACUCCCAGGCAGAAGCUGGAGCCUGUGGAAGCCUUGUCAGGAAUCAAGCAGCUCGUGAGGACACCAAGGCAGAAAGCAAAGCCUGUGGAGGCCUUGUCAGGCAUCAAGCAGCUCAUGAGGACACCAAAGCAGAAGCUGGAGCCUGUUGAGGUCCUGUCAGGCAUCAAGCAGCUCUUGAGGACACCAAAGCAGAAGCUGGAGCCUGUUGAGGUCCUGUCAGGCAUCAAGCAGCUCUUGAGGACACCAAAGCAGAAGUUGGAGCCUGUUGAGGUCCUGUCAGGCAUCAAGCAGCUCUUGAGGACACCAAGGAAGAAGCCAGAACCUGUUGAGGCCUUGUCAGGUAUCAAGCAGCUCUUGAGGACACCAAAGCAGAAGCCAGAGCCUGUUGAGGACUUGUCAGGUAUCAAGCAGCUCUUGAGAACCCCCAAGCAAGAGUUGGAAGCUGUUACAGAUGAAAUUGCCUUUAAAAGAUUACUGAAGACUCCAGUACAAAAAAAGGCAGCUCCAAAGGUGAAACAUCCACCAGUAGAAGACAUGGUUGGGCUCAGCCGUAUUUUCAAGUCACCAAAGGAAAGAGCUGAAGGCAGAGAAGAUCUGUGUGGGAUCAGCAGACUGCUGAGCACUCCCAGAGAGAAAAAUCAACCUCUGGAUGACUUUGUGGGUCUGCAAAGGCUGAUGGCAGAACCCAGGCAGAAACCUUCUGGUUUUGAAGUGGAUUAUGCUGGAGUUACAGAGAUGUUUGAUACACCACAGGAAGCUAAGGUCAGAUCAGGGCCUCUUAUGGAUUCUAAGGAAGAAGAUACUGCAGCUCCUUCUACUAAUUUCAAUAAAGAAAAAGGGAAAAAUAUUUUAGAAGACAAAAAUAUUUCCCAAGGUGAAGAUUCUUCACAGAAGAAAGCAACAAGUGAAGAGCAGUCUACCCAGAGACCAACAAGGAGCAGAGCAAGGAAGGCAAUGCAUCCUACUUCAGCAAAGGAGUGUGAAAAGGAUUUGAAUUUAAGAGAAUUGCAAGAUCUGGAAAAAAAGAGCACCCAAGAGGAGGAGGAGGUGGGAGAAACCAGGACUUCACCUUUGGCAGCUAAAAACAAAGGAAGAGGAAGGAGAAGAAACUGUUGCAUACAGGAAGAAAUUGUUUCAGAGCACCCUGACCAGGAAAAAGUUGAAACUGUUUCAGUUUGUGGAGAUACUCAAAGAUCAGGAAGAGGUAGAAGAAAAGAACCUAAGGAAUUAAAACAUCCAAGUGAGAACCUGGAGUUUUGUGGCCAAGAUUCUUCAGUGCUCCAAAAAGAAGCUGCAUCUGUGGAACAGACUUUGCAGGAGUGUGGCAUCAAUGACAUGUUGGAAACUGAAGAUGAUCCCACCACAAAGUCAGUAAGUGCACCUGGGAGAAAUGCAGAUGAAAACUGCCAACUGCAAACAGGUGUAAAAAACCCUGAAAAGAAACCUCAUGAAGGUGGUUUGGAAGACAGUGAAGCAAUGCUUCUGUCACCUGGAAAAAGGCCUAAAGGAGGAAAAAAAGUAGAAAAGACAGAACCACUGAUUGCAGCUAGAAGAGGAAGAAGAGCUAGAAAUGACCAAGUUAAAGAAGCUUCUUCAGAGGAACUUCAGGGCCCAACAAGGAAGCUCCGCAAGGACACGUUGGCAAAGAUGGAACAAAGAGAGGAGCAGACUUGUGACAAAGAUGCUGAGACUGCUGCAGCAGAAGCAGCUGAAAAUGGCCCUAAACUUGGAAUAGAGGUAGCAGAGAAAAGAGUUCAGUCUUUAAGAAGUUCUAGAAAGCACUUAACUGAAGGAAAAGCAGACAUCUGCGAGGUGGCACUUGAAAAUACUCAAAACAUGCAGAAAACUGAGGAAACUUCACCUGAAACUGUUACUGAAACACAGUCAUGCAUCAAAAAUGAGAUCAAAGUGUCUCAAGGAGAUGAAACAGAAAACGCUCAGGAAAAUGCAACAGAAGCAUCUCCAAAGUUCAAGGCAGAGUCACCUUCUGGAGUGACAAACAAAACGCUGGAGAGUGCUUUGAACUUGGAAACAAAUAGAGGUGCAGUACAAGAAACAAACAGAACUAGAAAGAGGAGAGGCAGAAAAGACUCUUUAGAGAAAAAGACUGAUGUGUUGGCUGGAGAUGUAAACAACCCAGAGCUAAUUUCCCCCCAAAUUAAGUCAGACACAGAGAUGGGUGACUCUUCUUUCAAAGGUUCUUUGGGCUCUGUUUGUACCAAGGAUAUGAAUGAAGUCAGGCAGGAGGAGAACAGCCCAGGUGGCACAGCAGUGCCAGCUGCAAGCAGUGACAGUCUGGCUCAGAACCAUCAAAAGAGGGCCAGAAAUAAGCAGGGAACAGUUAAACCACAGCCAGCUGAAAUCCUGCAGGAGAAUCAGGCACACACCAAUGGAGCUGCAUGUAGAAGAGGCAGAGGUAAAAAAGUUAAUUUUGAGCUUGAAGAAGCCAAUUCCAAAGGAGUGGGAGGAAAAGGGGCUUUGCCUGGGGAUGGCAAAGGAAUGACUUACAGAGAUGGAGAGUGUGAGGCUGUGGAAAAUCCUUCUUCACAAGUGAGGAGGAGCAGAAGAAAGCAAACUGAUUCCAUGGCACAAAUAGCUUGUUCUACCUUGAUGGAAAAGCAGACAUUGAGUGAAGAUCAGAGCAAAGAUGAGGCUUUUGUAAAAGAGCAAGAUUCAGCUUUGGAAGCUGCUCCCUCCUCAACAGGAGACAGAACACUGAGGCGAGGGAAGAGCCGAGAGGUUGCUGCAGCAUCACAAACAUCCAGAGCUCUUUCUACCAGAAAAGGACGUGGGUUGCUAGAAGGUGAUGAUAAAACAGUGGCUGUGAGAGAAGAUCAAAAUUCAGCUAUGGGAAAUAGAAGUUUGCAGGCAAAAGCAAAUGCAUCAGCAAGGGACAAAAGGAAAAAGAUUGAUCUAGCAGCAGAGGCAAAAAGUUCAUCUUCUCUCCAGAGAAAAAGUAGCUUGACAGAAGCUGAGGAUAAAGAAGAGAAUACUAAGGAAGAGCAAAACAUGCCUUUGGAAACAGUGUCCUGUGCAAAGGAGAAGCCAUUAGGAAGGGGCAGGAGGAAGGAAACUGCUCUGGCAUCACAGACAACUAAUUACAUUUCUCUUAGAGGAAAACGAGGUUUAGCAACAAAUAAUGGUAGAGAAGAAGCUCCUAAAGAAGAUCAAAAUGUUCCAUUAGGAACUUUUGAUUCAUCUGUAAAAGAAAAUCAACUGAAAAAAGGCAGGAGAAAAGGAAUCACCCUCUUGUCAGAUGCCACAACUUCCACCUGGAGAAAUCAGGGCUUAUCAAAAGGAAGAGGUAGAAAGAAUAAUGGUGGGGAAGCAAAAAAUCUGAUUUUGCACAAUUCUACUUUGCAAGAAAAAAUGGAUCUUCCUAAAAGAAACUUGAGGCAAACAGUCACUUCACUGGCAGCUGGUUCCACCUCACUUCAAGAUUCACCAGAAGAUGGUAAACAUGAAACUCCUGAAGAACAGCAGGCCAUAGUUUUGGAAGCAGCUCCAUCUGCGAAAGAAAAUCCAUCAAGGGUGGGCAGAAAGAAAACAAUUUCUUCCAGAUCUGAAGAAACGAGUUCUACUGCUCUCAGGAAAGAACCUGCCCUGCCCAAAAACAGAGCUCAAAAGAGGAUCCUUAAAGAAGGUGAGAAUACAUCUCUAGAAAAUGAUUCACCCCAGUUACAAACAAGGCAACUGAGGAAUAAAAGGAAAAAGGUAGAAUUCAUGUUAGAGGCAGCUCCUUCUACUUCCAUCACUAAUAAAAACAGCAACUUGCCAGGAAACAGUAGCACUUCAGAAACUCAGAGUGAGAGUCUGACAUCCACUGAUUUGGAUAAAAAUCAUCAGUCUGGAAAAGGCAAAGAGGUGACCCCUGUACAACAGGAAACUUCCACUGCUCGUAGAAGAAAAGCUCAGCUGCCAGCAGAUGGUUUGGCAUCCAAAAAGUUAAGAUCAGAGAGUGAAGAUAACAGAUCACUACCAAAGGGAAAAAGAAGCAAAACUAAAGCAGAACUUAAAGAAGAGGAUGCAAGAGCCACUCAGAGUGCUGGGGGGACAGAGAGGAAGACAAGAUCCAGCUCAAGAACAAGUGCAAGAACAAGAAAAUAGUCUAAGCAGUCCCAGAACCAGUUCUAAAUCAAUUCAAUAGGCAGGGGUUUUAAUGUGAAUUGAUUUGCACUCAGAUUUAAAGUUCAGAUUUUGUAAAGUAAUUAUUGUUGAAUUAUCAUAUUAUCAAAAUCUAUUUCUGAAAUGUGUUUACAGAUACAGCAUAGAUACCUGUUGUCAGAGCUUGCUUUAUGUGGAGGGCUUCAGAAGCCAUGGGGUGCUUGUGCCAAACUGCAAACAUAAAAAUAAAUCUUUCUGUAGCAGUGUUUAUCCCCCUUUUUCUUCCUUCUGUUGAUCAGUACAGCAGUCAGGAAGCCCCACUGCUUUACUGCCAGUUUAAUUAUAAGCUAUUUUCUGCCUGAAUUUUCAUGUGCUUAAGUCUUAUUUUUCAUUACAGGUCUGUAAAUAUUUUAUUCAAAAAUUAUAGAUGUG